AUGGCAGUUCCCGACUACGACGCAGUCGUCGUUGGCGCAGGUUUCGGCGGUAUCAGGACAAUGUUAGAACUUCAGGCACUCGGCAUCUCAAUGGUCUGUUUCGAUGCAGCAUCAGAUGUCGGUGGUACCUGGUGGUGGAAUCGAUACCCUGGCGCAAGAUCCGAUGGCGAAGCAUCAAUCUACACCCUCAAGUUCUCAAAAGAAGUGGCGGACGCGUGGGACUACUCUGAGAAGUAUCCCACGCAGCAGGAAAUUCAAAGUUACCUUGCCCGUGUUGUUGAUCACUACGAUUUGCGACGGCGUAUUCAGUUCAACGUACAAGUCGUGUCUGCAAAAUACAGCGAUGAGCAUCAGGUCUGGACCAUCGAAACUGCAGCGGGCCGAUCUUUUACUUGCCGUUACUUUAUUCCGGCCACAAGAACACUAUCAGUGCCAAGGGAUCCACCUUUCAAAGGACUCGAAAGAUUCACAGGCAAGGUCUAUCAAUCUUCCAAUUGGCCAUCUCAAGGUGUCUCACUGGAAGGAAAACGGGUUGCGAUCGUGGGCACUGGGUCUACAGGCGUUCAGCUCGUCCCAAAGCUUGCGCCUGCAGUGAAACAGCUGCUUGUCCUCCAACGCACGCCAUGCUACGCCAUUCCGGGACGCAAUGAAGGCAUCGAUGAAUUCCGAGCUGCCGAGAUAAAAAGUCACAACGAAGAGUCGUGGAAGCUGGCAAUCAACAAUCCUGUAGGUCAUGACUCCGUUGCUGCAAGUAAGAUUAUGAAAGGACUAGAUCCAGCAACUAUCCGCCAAUACCUUGACAAGGGAUGGGAAAGUGGAUUUCUUCCUUUUCAAUUACACUCGUUCGCGGACAUUUACACAGAUCCUGAGUCGAAUGAGAUCAUUUCGCAAUAUGUGCGCGACAAGAUCCACGCUAUUGUCGACGACCAGGCUACCGCAGAUCUGCUAUCUCCUUCGUACCCUUUUGGUACGAAACGACCCACCUGCGAGCACGGAUACUACAAGACCUUCAACCGAUCUAAUGUUAAACCCGUGGACGUUAGCGGUGGAGAUGUCGAAGUUCGCGAGAAGGGAUUGGUCACGGCUGAUGGCACCCAACAUGAAGUAGACAUCAUCAUCUUCGCCGUAGGCUUCGAUGCUGGACCAGGUGCAUUGGGCAGGAUCGACAUCCAAGGUAGCUCGGAAAAGUCACUGAAGGGCGCCUGGGCCGAGAGUCUCCAGACCUUUGCAGGGGUGCUAGUCCCAGAGUUCCCAAACAUGUUCAUUAUCAAUGGACCGCACAGUAGCGUUGGGAACCAGCCGACCACAGUAGAAGUCGCAGUUGAUUGGAUGGGCAAAGUCGUCGCUUACAUGCGAGAGCAUCAGAUCUCGAUAGUUGAUGUCAAGCAGGAGGCUGCUGCUGCUUGGACGCAACAUGUCAGUGACUUGUGGAACUUUCUGCUUGUCUCAAAGCCUGCUGCUGCGGCUCGUUCUUGGUUCGUUGGAGCAAAUGUUCCUGGCAAGAAGCCGGAAAUCUUGAUGUACUUUGGUGGCAUUCCGAAUUGGAGGUCCUGGCUGGACAAGGAGGUUUUCGGCGGCUGGGCGAGUUUGAAGUUCACGAGUCCGAGUGGGUGA